UUUGGCUAACUUUUUCUAUUCUAUGAGUAAUAUGCCUAUGGGGAAGAAACAUCUUAGCAUCAACUCUCUGAGUUACCAAUGCGAAGACAACAACAACUGCAAGAACAAUCUCUUCUUUGGAUUGUUCGAUGACCAUGAAUCCACAAGGUUAAGAAGUGGGAGUAUGAAGAGACAGUACAGCGACAUGGGAGAUAGCUACCAUAGAGUUUACGAAGAACAAGGUGGUGAUGAUGGUGAAGAGGGUGAUGAUGAGGGAUCGAGGAUGGACAUGAGAGUCUUGAUGGUAUUAGAGUAUAUGAGGGAGCUUUACGUGGGACAACUUCAGCUGCUGAAAAAGAUGUUUCCAGGUGCAGCUAAAGGCGAGUUUCUUGGUUUCUUCAAUAAAAUCGGUGAUGCUGUGUCCCAAUUCAAACAAGACUCUCGUCCUCCUACAAAAUCAAUGACUAUGCAGAGGAGUCUCAGUACUGGUUCGCCACGUUUCACUUCUAAAGGGAUUAAUUUGGGUCCAUCAGAUCUAAGAGAUGAUAGGUUUAAAGUUACAACGGUUAAUGUUGGUGGUACUGGUGGAGCUGCUGGAGCUGGUGAUGCUGCUGGAGGAGGCAAAGGUGGCUCUGCGGCUGGCCAGGGCCAGACCAAAAAGUAGUCAGGAUUUGUGACAUGUGGUGUGGCCAUGAAUGAUCAAAUCCUAUGACACUAAGGGUUCUGCAUGACACAAGACGUUAAAAUUUGCUUAAUGAAAUAAAACGUAAAAAAAGUGUGAUUUAAGACUUUUGAGUGAACUUGGGGAUUCCUAGUUUUAAAGGUG